UGAUUCCAACACAUCAAACCAAAAACUAAUAUCUUUGUCGGUUAUGCAUUCAAAGCUUUUUACUUAUCUGACAACCAAUCAAUCAAUAGCUUUUGCUCUUCUUUUCUUCUUUUUUAAAUUUCAUUUAGCUCUUCUAUUAUUCUUAGUUGAAACUGGUUCAUCCUUUCGAAACAAUAAAAAAUGCUGCUGAGAAGCUCGUCAACACCAAUCUUAAACUCAUGGUGGCCAAAUUCAAAAGUCUGUUCAAUUUCAUCACCAGAACCAGAAUUUGGAGCUCUUCAAAGAACCAGCUCAAUCUCAUUUCACUCCCCUUCUUCCAAUGAUGAUCAUAAGCUUAGUAAACCACUAAACUUAGCUGACAACAGUAUCCAAAACGAUGUACCAAAACCAAGAAAAAGCAUGGGGAAAGCCAUAAUAGCAACACCUCACUCUCUCCACGAACAGGCAAAGCAAGAAACAGAUGGAGACAAAGAGUUAGAAUCAGAACCCAAAUCUUGUAGGAUACGAAGACAACUUUUUUCAAGUUCUGGGUUGGGGGAACCAGUAGGUGAUGGUGAAGAUAGUGGUGCUGUGAUGCAAACACUGGUUAUGGGCGGUGGAGAAGAAAAUGGUGGUGGUAAAAUCUGUGGAGGAGGAGGAUCAGGGGGCGGCGUUGGUGGUGUCGGGUCGGGGUUCUUUGAGAGUGAUAGCACUGACGUUUACUAUCAGAAGAUGGUUGAAGCCAAUCCUGGCAAUCCACUUUUGCUUGGCAAUUAUGCCAAGUUCUUGAAAGAGAUUAGAGGAGAUUAUAGCAGAGCAGAGGAGUACUGCGGCAGAGCAAUUCUGGCGAACCCUGAUGAUGGGAAUUUGUUGGCACUUUAUGCUGAUCUAAUUUGGCAUAACCAGAAUGACAUUCAAAGAGCCAAAAGUUACUUUGAACAAGCUGUUAAGACUGCCCCAAAUGACUGUUUUGUCAUGGCUUCAUAUGCAAAGUUUCUUUGGGAAGAAGAAGAAGAAGAAGAGAGGUAUAUACCUCCUCCUACAGAUUUCUUCCUUCCACCUCUUCAACACGCUUCCAUAGUUGCACUUUCUUAACUCUUAUGUACAAAUCACCUCCUCAUUUCAAUGUUAAAUUACAAUACUUAGUUUAUGUGAGUGUCUUCUAUUCGUUACGUAACUAUAUAUUGCAUCAAUCAUUCUGCCUGCAAAUAUAAUAAACCUACACUUACAA